AUGUCGGAAGGCUGGGAGGUUGGGGACAGAUUGGAAGCUCAAGAUUAUUUGAACUAUUGGUUUGUGUACACGGCGAAGAUCAUCGGAUCGGACGCCGAGAAGGACUUGGUGCUGGUGCACUUUGAAGGUUGGAACAGUCGCUACGAUGAGUGGGUGCACGUGAGGAGUAACAGACUGAGGCCCCUCACCACCAGCUCAUCACCAUCUCCCUCAAAUAAUAAGAAUAAUAAUAACAGGUCAUCGUCUGCAUCAGGAUUGAGUCAGCAUAGUCUUCCUGUUAGUCUGGAGAAGUUGGGGUGGUGGUUUUGA